GCAUUGUGUUUAUUGCAAUUAAAGUUUCGAUUAUACAAACACCCGAUCAUUUGGGGGAAAAAUCCACAAAAUAUAAAAGAAUACCAGGACCACACAAAUGCCCAUAGUCAAUUUGUUUAAAAACCUUUGGUGCCAAAGCUAGUGUGAAUGGACAAAACAGUAGCCUGCCCCCUUUUAGAAAAUAAUGAGAAGCAAUAAAUAACUGCUAUGACAGCAUCCCCUUACUCGUCUACAGAGGAGACGACAAAUGCUUGUAGAGCGUGUCGACUUCUCCUGGGUCCGUGUACAGAUCAACUGAGGGAUGUUUUACUUCAUCAUGUACCUUUGUCAACAUUCCCACACGUCAUUAAACAAAAUAUAAGCAAUCUUCCUCGUCUGACAGCACCACAACUAAAUUUGAUAUUACCUAGAGGCAGUACGUAUACCGGAAACUACAAUGAUAUGGAUAUUCCUUUACUGUACACACUACUUAGAAACAUUUGUAGAAUCCCACCACACAGUAACGGCUGGGGAUAUGAUCCAGACCCUACUGACAGAUCACUCUCUGCCAACAUUGAGAAGAUUCGUAUUGCCAGAAAUCAGUGUGUUCAUUCUUCUAGUCCUGUCCUCUCCAAUGCUGAUUUUAAUGCAAUCUGGUCAACUGUCAGAUCAGCAGUUGUGGAUCUUGAUUCUUUCCUUAACAACGGAAACCAGUACGAAAGAGAAGUGGACUUUUUGAGGCAUGAGACAAUGGACCCUGUCAAUGACCGUUACUACAUAGAAGAGCUGCGAAAACAGGCUAAAGAUGAUGCUGCAACAAGAGAGAUACUUCAUGGACUGAAACGUAAAGUAGAUGAGAUGGAUACAGAUAGCAUCGAGAAUCGAAAUAAAAUGAUGAAGCUUAAAGAUGAUGUAUCAAGACUUAAAAAUGCUGCUGUUCCCUCAAAUGUGAAAGCUAUUCAUGAAUGUGAUAUCUUAAAGUGGAAAAAAGAUGACAAGCUUUUCCUUGAAACUCACAACUUUACUGCUAUGCUGGAAAAAGUGAAUAAUAAGACUCAUGUAACAUUUGUUGGUGUCCCAGGAUCAGGGAAAACAGCAACAGCUCGUCAUAUUGCACUGAUGUUGCAGCAGAAAGGGUAUGAAGUUGUACCAAUCAAAGAUAUCAAAAAGAUAGAGGAAUACUGUGAUCCAAAAAAUCCACAGGUGUUUGCUAUUGAUGAUGUUGUUGGUGUCUUUGGGCUUCAAGAGACUAAAUUAAAUCUGUUAUCUGAUUACCAAGAUAGAAUCAUAAACCCUGUAAUGUCAAAGACAAAAACUCUCAUGACUUGUAGAGAAACCGUGUACAGAAAAGCAAUUGAAUCGAGUUCACUUUUUACAGAUGAAAACAAUAUUGUCUUAUUACAUAGUGAAGCUUAUGCUUUAAAUCACACCGAUAAAAAGAAUAUAAUGAAAAUGUACAAUAUAGAUAUAAAUAUGUUGUCUUCUGAUAGUUUGACAUCUGCAUCAAAAAUGUUUCCUUAUCUUUGCAAACUUUUUUCUACCGAAAGAAAAUUCAAACGUUAUGGAUCUGCUUUUUUUGAAAAUCCAGUCCCGUGCAUUUUGAAGGAACUUGAAGAAAUGAAAAAACAAAACAGAAUACAGUAUGCUUCUUUGGUUUUAUGCAUGAUCAAUGACAACAAAAUAUCAAAGAAAAUCCUUGGAGAAAUAAAAAAUGAUGCGGUUGAUAAAAAAAUGAUUGAAAUGAAACAAAGUGUUUUGCAAAAAUGCAAAGUCAGCGGUACAACAGAUAAUUUUGAAUUUGUUGAUGCAUUGUCAGAAAUGGAGGGGACUUACACAAAACUCUGUGGUACUGAUUACAGUUUUGUUCAUGACUCAAUGCUUGAAAUUGUUGCGUAUCAUUUUGGUUGUAACUUUCCAGAUGUGAUUUUACAAUUUAUGAGUAGUAGUUAUAUUGCUAACUAUGUUAAAAUUCAAAAAUGUCAAACGGAAAAAUCAAAAAACGAAAGAAAGCAAGUGAGUGAAAGAGAACAGAAAGAAAAGAAUGUUGUAGUCACAUAA